AUGAGUUUAGGUACUACUAGAAAUGGAUGCUAAAAAAUCAUAAUGAUUUGGCUUCUGGUUCUGAUAAUGUUUGGAAUUCAAAUUUCAAUUGCUUAGAAUACUGCUAAUACUACGAGUAAUCAAACAAAUGGUAAUUAAACAGCCCAGCCAAAUAUUACUACUCCAGAUCCUAAUGAAAACACUGAAAAUCCUAUUCCUGAAGACACUUAACUUAAGCAGACUAGAGAAAUUAAAGAAUACUUCAAGGAUUAUUUGAAGGGGAUAGUAAUUGGAUGCUUAGUUGGUUUAUUCUUAUUGCUAUUUUUCACAUUGAUGUUCAAAAAAAGAACAAGACUUUGCAUGCUUAGAUACUUAGGAUUGUGCAGAUUGAAGACUAGAAGGGCAAUAAUUAAUAUUCCUGAUGAUACUGAGGAGAAUUAUAAUAAGAUAACAGAGAGGUUUUAGAAGAGAUUCGAUGAGUUAGUAAAAGUAAAAAUAGUAGAGUAAGAGCAAAGUUAGACUGACUAAAACGGAAACAUCACAAAAAAUGAACUAAUGUCAAAGAAAAAUAAUAAUAGUGUGACACCUGAUCUGGGAGAAAGCAAUAUAACACUAGAAUAUAAAAAUUAGGGAGAGGUAAAUUAAUAAUCAAAUCCUACGCCUGGUGAUCUUGAGAGAUAAUAGUAUUAAAAUGAAGAUAAGACAGCAGAAGCUAAAGAAGAAAAAGUAAGUUGCUGGAGUUGCUUCAAAAAACUGCAACGAAAUGAAGACAAGAGUAAAGAAGAAGCUUCGCCCUGGAAGACUAGAAUAUUUGUUCGACAAUAAAAAAAUGAAAAACUAGAACUUGAUGUUAGAUAGAGAUUUUAAGCUGGAAUUUCGAGUAUGACUAACAAAAAAGAUUAGCAAAUACUUCCGCCGAAGAGGCAAUCCUUAAGUGAAAAGAGGGUGUCUAAAACUAUUGAAAUACCUUAGUCUGACAUGAAGCGAGGUUCAACUGUAUUCAAGUAGACUAGGGGUGAAAAGACAAAGGAAAUUCAUGAUACAAUUGGUUUAAAUCUUGACCAAAAAUAGUAAACAAUUAUACGUGAAGAAAGUGAAGAAAGUAUUAAUUAAAGAGAGGAUUAAGAGCGUUCGCCCACAUUUUAAGUUCCAGAAUCUCCUGUAAAAAGAAACUAUAAUAGUCGUAGAUCUAGGAUAAUUGAACCUAACAUUUAGUGA